AUGAUGAGGCGAGACCUCAUAACGGUUUUACAAGUGGGAGCCAGUUUUACUUUCAUUUUCUCUGCUUUCAAUUCGCAAGGGUUCAUUGAGGUUUGGUUUGAAUUUGAUUCGAAAUUGUUGUACCAAUUCAACGAUUCACUUAUUUUGCGAAAAUUAUUUUACCAAGUUUUAACUUAAUGUCAAAAGAAGGAAUCAGAAAUGAUAUUUUAAUAUGAAAUCAAUCUAAUGAUUUCUAUAGGUAGCAGUUCUGCGGAAAAAAGCCAAGACAGCACCAGAAACAGGGAUCACAGAGAGAAGUGGAUAUUACAGGUGUUCAUAGUUUGUUGAGUAACAGUUUACCGUUCUUUUUUUAAGUCUUUCCAUCAUCUACUUCUUCUUCACUUUCUUCAAUUUUGUGAUUCCGUCGGUUGUUCAAAAAAUCGGUGAAAAAUGGUCUCAGGUGGGAAAUGCAAAGCGUACCAGCUGGUAUUUUGUUUGUUUAUUUUAUGUUACAGGUAAUCGGAGCAUCGGGAUAUUUGUUUUUCAUGCUUACAUUUCUGUACUUGAACGUUUACCUGCUUUACUUUGGAUCUGCCGUGCUUGGAGCAGGCGCAGCAUGUAAUUUUUUAUAGCUUUACACAGAAACAACGAUAAUUCAAGUGCUGUGGGCUGGUAAUGGAUGCUACCUGGUCAGUGUGUCGAGAAGAAGCCAAAUAGAACGAAAUUCGGGUAUCAUGUGGGCAAUGAUACAGUCUUCUUUGAUUACUGGCGGAUUCUUCUUGAUAUUCGUUUUGAAAAAAGGGUAAUGACAUACAAUGCUUCAGAGCUAUUGUAAAUACUAUAAAAAUUGUUACAGAGAUCUGGCGGAUUCAUUCACGCUUCUCUACAUGGUGUUUUCUGCCUUAACUGCAAUCGGGAUAGUGAUGAUAAUAUGCUUGCCCGGAAAUCCUUCUCAAUAUGGUUGGUUUAACAGAAAAAAAUAAUAAUUUUUUGAUCCAAAGAUUUUCAGGGAGCGCAAAUGAAGAAAAUGAAAAUGAAUCAUUAAUGUCAAACGAUUCGAACACUAUUGAAGAGCCACCACCACUGACAUUAAGACAAAAUUUCAUUCGAACUCUAGCUACGUUGAAGACCACAAAAAUGAUGCUUUUUUCUGUUCUCUUCGUGUUCAGUGGCCUAGAGAUGACGUUUUUCACAGGUAAAUCUAGGCAUAACAUCUAAGAAAUGACAUUUCCUUCAGGAGUCUACACUUCAUGCCUGUCUGCUACUACUCCUCUAAAAAACCUUUCCGAGCUUGUCAUUCCGUACAAUGCGUUGUCAAUCGGAGUAGGUGAAAUCAUUGGAGGACUGUUAGCCGGAUCAUUGGGCAAAUUUCUGAAGAUUACUGGCUCGCAAAUUUCUUUUAUGGCAUUUUGCAGUCAUUCAAUCGCUUUCACGCUUACUUAUCUCAUUCUUCCAUUUGAUUCUACCAUUACUGCCACUGAUGCUCCCACGUACUUGACACCAACGCUGACUUUAACCCUUCUUGUCUCCUUUCUGCUCGGAAUCGCUGACGCUUUCUGGCAAACACAAAUCUACAUCACUAUCGGUAAAGCGUUCAAAAACGAUGCGGUCACUGCUUUCUCACUUUUCAAGUUUUUUCAAGUAAGUUCUACUGAUUUGAAUCAGCUAAAACAAACAUUCAUUUUAGUCUGGUUCUGCUUGUGUGUCAUUCUUAUACGGUUCCUUCUUGUACCUAUCUACACAGCUUCUCAUUCUUGGAAUCGGAUGCAUUGCGUCGGCGAUAUUCUUCGCUAGACUAAAGAGAGUGCUUUUGGACGAUGAAACUUCAUAA